AUGGGUUUUAUGGCAAGUAAAGAACAAUUGAUGACAGCAGCAAUUGGCCAUCAAGACAUAGAAGCGAUGAAACUACUGAUUAAAGAAUUAACAGUUGAACAAAUGAAUGCUAUGUGUAAAUAUCGGAUACCCGACAAUGAAAAUCAAUGUACGAUACUUCACUAUGCAGCAUGGCAAAAUAAUCCUGAUAUAUUGGCUUUAUUAUUAAAGUUUGCUGACGUUUUAGAACUACGUGAUAAUCUUGGUUGGACUCCAUUGAUGACAGCUGUUAAUCGUGACAGUAAAGAAAAUGUUAAAAUGUUAUUAGAAAGUGGUUCAAAAAUUGAUUGUGAUAAUGCUCAAGGCGCUGAUCUUAUUGCUAUGGCUAUGAAUUUUAAUGAUAUUGACCUUAUUGAAAUUCUAAUGGAUCAUGGAGCUCAAGUCACACAUGUACCGGAUACGAAAGCUGAUGCAACAAGUUCAAUGGGAUGUUAUCUAUUGCAUUUCGCUGUUGAUAGUGGCUUAAUUGAUGCAGCUCAAUUAUUGAUUGCAAAGGGCAAAAUACCAAUUGACACAUUAGAUCAAGCAGGAUGGAGUCCUCUUCAUUUAGCUGCUGGACAUAAUUAUUUGGAUAUUGUAAAAUUACUUUUAGAAAAUGAUGCUGAUGUUAAUAUUAGGGAUAGUUAUGAAAAUACACCAUUAGCAUGGGCUAAAGAAAUGAAUGCUGCAGAAGUUAUCAGUGAACUUAACAAACAUGGCGCUAUAGCUGAUAAACUAUGGCAUGGAGAAAAACCAAAAUUACAUGAUUUUAAUGGAGAAACGACAGUCGAUCAACAAAUACAAGGCGUUGAAAAUAGUCAAUUUCAAAUGGACGAACCAAAAUCAGAAAGCAGAACAACAGAUAAACGUUUUCUGAUACUUGAUGGACUUCAACGUCAACGUUAA